CGGACAGGACUGCGACUAGUGACGUCAUCGUAGCAGAGAGAAGGAUAGGGAAUGUGUCGGAUAUGAGAGGUUAACAGCUGUGGAAGGGUUGAAGACCGUUAGUAUUAAAGUUAAACAAGCUUGUUCUCGCGUAAAAGAUAGAAAAAUGCAUGUAUUGAUAACAACGAUAUUGUCGAAAUGGUGCAGUGGAGUGGUUAGCAAACCUAUUUCAUAUCCAGAUUCUCAAUUUGUAUAUCUAUAGGGAGAACAGCUAUCGUGACUGAGGACAUGAAUGCAAUCAAAGUGGAACCUAGUUCGGAUAGUGAGACGUGCCCAGCAUCUUCACUGUGUUAUGAUCCUUAUAUUGGUGAAAAACAGGGAGAUCGAAAUGUAGCAUUUCAUUUAAUAAAGAAUGAAGUUAAGGUGGAGUCAUGUAAUGUCACUGUAGUGAAAGAAGAGGUGAUGGAUGAGAUAAAAGUAGAGGACAAUGAAAUAUGCCUGGAAAGUGUUGAGCAGACCUUGGAAAAAGGAGAGUAUAUAGAUAAUGACAUUUCCUCAGUUGAAUCUGAUGUUUGUUUUAGAAACAAAUUUGAAUAUAUCAGAGAAGGUGCUAGUUGUAUUGAGAAUAACUUAUAUUCAUCAUUAUGUGUUACUGCUGCAAGUGGCAGACUUAAGAAGGCAAAUAUUAAGUGUUUAAAAUGUGAAGUGUGCAGUACUUUAUUUUCAAAGAAGAAAUUACUUAUAAGGCAUUUUCGUAGACAUACAGGAGAAAAACCAUACAAGUGUAAGAUAUGCAACAAAGGAUUCCCUCAGAGUGGAGAUCUCACCAGACAUGUACGCACUCACUCUGGAGAAAAACCUUUUCAAUGUGAUAUUUGUAACAAGGAAUUCUCACAGAGUGGCAAUCUAUUGACACACAUACGAACUCACACUGAGGAGGAGAAAGGAUAUAAGUGUGUGAAAUGUAAUAUAGUAUUCAAACAGAAUGGACGACUUGCAAGGCACAUGGUUCGCCAUACUGGGGAAGAUCCCUACCAAUGUGAAAUCUGCACCAAAGUUUUCUCUCGAUAUAAGUAUUUAGCUAUACAUAAACAGACACAUUCAGGUGAAAAACCAUACAAAUGUGAACAGUGUAAGAAAACAUUCUCAAGAAGUAGUGAUUUUUCAAGACAUAUACAUGCUCACAGGAAGGAGAGAUCAUACAUAUGUGAUGUGUGCAAAAAGCAGUUCACACGCAGUGGAAAUCUUGAGGUGCAUAAACGUAUUCAUACAGGUGAAAAACCUUUCAAAUGUGAACUGUGCAGCAAAGGAUUUUCUCAACGUGGAAAUCUUGUCACACACAUGCGCACACAUUUAUCUAACAUGGACAGAAUCAAAGCUGAACCUAUGUUGGAAGGUGAGAGUUCCUUAGUAAUAUCACCAGAUGAAGAAAAGUGUAUUGAUAUUAAGCAGGAAGCAUAUGAGUUACCAGUACAGUCUUCUUUUAUUAAGCAGGAAGUCACUGAAGAAUCAUUCGAUAAUGUUAUAACCAAGAAGGAGUUAAAAGAGGAAGAAACAGAUGAUGUCAGCAUAGAGCAACUGGCCAGGCAUGAAGAUGGCGAUAACACUGAUAGCAGAACAAAACAACUUAAGCAGUCGUCUCACAGACAUCAGGAGCAUGUUGGGAAAGAGCGAUCCCUUGUCACUCCCACAGAAACAAUAUCCUGUGGCACGCAUAAAAUAAAUCGUCUCGAAAUUACUGACUUGUUUUCAAGAAAAGGACAUGGUGAAAAUGCCAAGCAUGCUGUCAAGGGCAUUUUAAUUUACAGAUGUGGGUUUUGUAACAGAGUAUUCUCACUUAUUCAGAAUCUGGAGACACACAUGCUUACCCAUGGAGGGGAUAAACCAUAUAAAUGUGGAAUAUGCGAUAAAGGUUUCUCACAAAGUACAUAUCUUACGAUGCAUAUGCGCCGUCACACAGGACAGAAGCCCUUUAAAUGUGAAGAGUGUAAUAAAUGCUUUUCGGUAAAACAUAAUCUUGCAGCACACCAACUUAUACAUUCUGGAAAGAAACUAUACGCAUGUGAUAUCUGCGAAAAGUCUUUUUUGAGAAGGCAUCUUCUUAAUUUACAUAAGCGCACCCACACUGGGGAGAAACCUUACAAAUGUAAAAUCUGUAACAGAGGAUUUGCAAGAAACUGUGGUCUCCAAUAUCAUAUGCGUAUACAUUCGGAAAAGAAAGAGAAUUAGUCAAAGUGAAAGACUGGUCAGAACAGUUAAGCUUGAAUCUGUUAUGUGGAUCUGUAUCAGAAUUGUUGAUACUGAGACAUUCUCAUGAAUCAGUAACAAUCAGAUGUUUUCACUGGUAAUUUACACACCUUUUUUCAGGAAGUACCUGGUUUGAACUCUGUCUGGAGUAGUAACUAUCUUUGCAGUUUUCUUUAGUCCCUGGCCUAACGUUCUGGUAGAACCCUUAAGUGGCCUCAAUACUAUAAUUUUCCCAUUAUUUAUAUAAUUUAGAACAAAAGAAUAAUAUUGAAGAUGACCUGUGGGAUGUGCUACAUAGUAUGGUAGAAGUUUAAUGGUGUUUCAGAUGUGUUUGCUGCCUCCGUUAUCAGGUUAAUCACUCUGAAUGGUUCAGCAACGAAGAAGACGGCCAUCUUCUUACUCACUGCUGUAAGAACCUGAAAUCUCAUUAUUCUAUGAGCACAUUACCACAUUUAGCUUUACUCUGCUAUACUUCAAACUCAUUUUAGUUCUGUAGAACUGCCCUUAGUAUCUUCUAUGAUGGAUAGUUUGCAUAUGAAUCACGUCUUAUAUAUUUAGAAUACUUAGUAAUUGUGUAUAAUUGCUUAUAAGAUUUUAGAAAAAAAAAGCUCACACACUUGUUUUAUAUU